GGGCUCUUGUUUCCGGCCGGACGGCCGAGAGCCACCGAUCCUGAACCAGCCGCUGGAGUCGGAGUGGCGACCCGGUGUGAGCCGGCGGAAAGCCACUGGGGAGAGGCCAGCCUCGGUCAGUCCCGGCUUGGCUCCGGCUCCAGUUCCUGUGGAGAGCAACAGUCGCGGUCGCAGUGUCCGCCUCCGCCUCCAUCGUCGUCGGGGGAGGGGCCGCUCGGACCCCGGGGUCACUGCCGAGGAAUGAGGAGAGGCGGCCGGGCCCCGCGCUCCGCCCCGGCCUAGAGCCUUGCCCUGAGAGUCGCGAGGUGCACCAGCCUGUGGAGAAAUCGCAAGACUAUGGCGGGGUUCUGCUCCAAAGCUUGUGGUUCAAGCCUGGAUUUUGAUCUAUGUUCUGCUCACAUCCUGCUCCCUGAGAGUACCUGAUGAUCCCAUGACCCUGGACAUGGAUGCUGUCCUGUCGGAUUUUGUCCGUUCUACAGGUGCAGAGCCAGGGCUGGCCCGAGAUCUUCUGGAAGGAAAGAACUGGGAUGUGAGUGCUGCCCUCAGUGAUUUUGAACAGCUACGCCAAGUCCAUGCUGGGAACCUGUCCCCACCCUUUAGUGGAGGGAGUAGUUGUUCUAAGACCCCUGAAAAAGGGUGUUCUGAUAGAGAACCCACUCGCCCUUCUCGACCGAUCCUACAGAGACAGGAUGACAUCGUUCAAGAAAAACGCCUGUCUAGGGGCAUCUCCCACGCCAGUUCCAGCAUUGUUUCCCUGGCCCGGUCCCAUGUCUCCUCCAAUGGUGGGGGUGGGGGGAGCAGUGAGCACCCCCUGGAAAUGCCCAUCUGUGCCUUCCAGCUUCCAGAUCUCACUGUGUACAAAGAAGACUUCCGAAGCUUCAUAGAGAGGGACCUCAUUGAACAGUCCAUGCUGGUUGCCUUGGAACAGGCAGGACGUUUGAAUUGGUGGGUCAGUGUGGACUCCACCUGUCAGAGGCUGCUUCCUUUAGCAACUACUGGAGAUGGGAACUGCCUCCUGCAUGCAGCCUCUCUUGGGAUGUGGGGUUUCCAUGAUAGAGACUUGGUGCUGAGGAAAGCUUUGUAUGCACUAAUGGAGAAGGGUCUCGAGAAGGAAGCAUUGAGAAGACGCUGGAGGUGGCAGCAAACACAGCAGAAUAAAGAGUCAGGACUGGUGUACACUGAAGAUGAAUGGCAGAAGGAAUGGAAUGAGUUGAUCAAGCUUGCCUCAAGUGAACCCAGAAUGCAUCUAGGUACCAAUGGAACCAGUGGUGGUGGAGUGGAGAGUUCAGAGGAGCCAGUAUAUGAGAGCCUAGAGGAAUUCCAUGUCUUUGUCCUUGCUCAUGUGCUCAAGAGGCCUAUAGUGGUCGUGGCAGACACCAUGCUGAGGGACUCCGGAGGGGAAGCAUUUGCUCCUAUUCCAUUUGGAGGGAUCUAUCUCCCCUUGGAGGUCCCAGCCAGCCAGUGUCACCGAUCCCCUCUGGUGCUUGCCUAUGACCAGGCCCACUUUUCUGCCCUCGUGUCGAUGGAGCAGAAGGACAGUGCCAAGGAACAAGCUGUGAUCCCGCUCACAGAUUCAGAGCAUAAGCUGCUGCCCCUGCACUUUGCUGUGGAUCCAGGAAAGGGCUGGGAGUGGGGCAAAGAUGACAAUGACAAUGUCCGAUUGGCCAGUAUAAUUCUGUCCCUGGAGGUCAAAUUACAUCUGCUGCAUAGCUAUAUGAAUGUGAAGUGGAUCCCACUGUCAUCUGAUGCACAGGCUCCUCUGGCCCAGCCAGAGUCCCCCACAGCCUCAGCUGGAGACGAGCCCAGGUCUACUCCUGAGUCUGGAGAAUCAGACAAGGAGUCAGUUGGCAGCAGUUCUACCGGCAAUGAAGGCAGUAGACGGAAGGAGAAGUCGAAGCGUGACCGGGAGAAGGACAAGAAGAGAGCAGAUUCUGUGGCUAACAAACUGGGCAGCUUUGGCAAGACCUUGGGCAGCAAGCUUAAGAAGAACAUGGGGGGCCUGAUGCAUAGCAAGGGCCCCAAGCCUGGAGGACUGGGGAGUGGGUCUGGAAUAAGCAGUGGUACCGAGACACUAGAGAAGAAGAAGAAGAACAACUCACUGAAGAGCUGGAAGGGUGGCAAGGAGGAUGCAGCUGGGGAUGGGCCUGUGUCAGAGAAACCCUCGUCUGAGUCUGCUGGCAACGGAGGGAGCAAGUAUAGCCAGGAAGUGAUGCAAAGCUUGAGCAUUAUGAGGAUUGCAAUGCAAGGGGAGGGCAAAUUUAUUUUUGUUGGAACCCUGAAGAUGGGCCACCGGCACCAGUAUCAGGAGGAGAUGAUCCAGCGCUACCUUGCAGAUGCUGAGGAGAGAUUCCUGGCAGAACAGAAGCAGAAGGAAGCUGAGAGGAAGAUCAUGAAUGGAGGGUUAGUUAGUGGGCCUCCUCCAGCCAAAAAGCCAGAGCCAGAUGGUGGGGAGGUCCCACCUAGUGACCCUCCAGCAGAGUCCAAGGCACUGGCAUUCUCUGCUGGUUACCCUGGGGGCUUUACUAUCCCACGACCUUCUGGGGGUGGAGUCCACUGCCAGGAGCCCCGCCGGCAGUUGGCAGGGGGCCCAUGUGUAGGUGGCCUUCCACCAUAUGCCACCUUUCCCAGACAGUACCCUUCUGGGCGACCCUACCCCCACCAGGACAACAUCCCAUCUCUGGAGCCAGGCAAAGAUGGAGUUCACAGGGGUGCUUUGUUACCACCCCAGUUCCGUGUGGCUGAUUCCUAUAGCAAUGGCUACAGAGAGCCCCCUGAGCCAGAUGGAUGGGCUGGAGGUCCCCGGGGCAUUCCCCCAACCCAGACCAAAUGCAAACAACCGAACUGCAGCUUCUACGGACACCCUGAGACAAACAACUUCUGCUCUUGCUGUUACAGGGAAGAACUGAGGAGGAGGGAACGGGAACCUAGUGGGGAACUGCUGGCUCAUAGGUUCUGAAUGGGUGGGACCUCGGCGGGAAAGGGGCUAAACAAAGAAAAGUGAAGCUCAUCUCUGGCUCAUCAAGACCCAGCCCGUGUUGAUGGGGCAAGUGCAGAAGUGUUUGUGGGAGCUAGAGUGCUGGCAUGCUGGCGAGAGCAGGACAGGGCUAGUACUACCUCAAGGGCUGUACUACUCUUAUGCAGUUUGGCUUGAGACUGCAAGACAAAAGGGGAAGACUGUCUCAUAACCUCUUGCCCUAUCCCAGGGCCCAAGGGAAAGUAGGGAAAUAAUUGGUGUGUGUGUGGGUGGGAGGUGGGUGGACAUCUUGGGGGAGGAACCUGGAAAGAAGGUUUUCAGUCAGUUAAGGAAAAUAGACCAAAGUUCAUUGACUUUAUAAAAAAAAAAAAGAAAAAAAAAAAGCACAUGGUGAUGGAGUUGGGAGCAUAGAGCAAAUCUGAGAACAGGUUUGAUCUUGGUCUGAAUUAGGUAGAUGUCAGGCAUUGGUAAAUUCUUCUGGAAGGGUCCGGCAUGUGUGCUUGGCCUACUUAGAAAGGGUAUUUAAAUCCCAGUGAGUGGAAAUAGGAACCUUCAAGGGGGAUUCUUUGCCUCGUAAGUGUUAUGUUCUUCUAGAUAGUCAUCUGUCAUCCGUUCUAGUUUUAGGGGAGAUUGUCUAUUGCCCCCAUCUUUUCCUCAUCCUUUUUGAGGACUGAGCUCAGCUAAGUUAAGAAGUUGUGAUUUUAAAAGUUUUUAUUUUAAAAGCAAGUCCCCUUUGUGGGAGAGGAGGGUGGUAAGAGCAGCCUUGUGUGUGGGCUUCUCUUCAGGUGGGUGGGUACAGAGGAAUCUAUUUUUAACUACUUAGCAAUAACUAUAUGUGGGGUUUGAGUGCACUGAGGAAGGCGGAGGAAGGCCAGACGCUCGGCCAGACUGUUUGAAACAAUACCAAAACCCUAUACAGAGUUCUCGUCCUCUGCGGCUGCCUUCCGAGAGAAAGCAGCUUAGUGUACUAAUUUUUUAAAGAAAAAGAAAUAAGAUCCUGACCAAAAAAAUUAAAAAUUACUUACUCCUUAUCCCCAUUUAAGUGAUUUUUUUUUCUCCUUCCUGUCUACUGCUGGAGAAUGAACUUAACAUCCUGGCUUCUUUUGUUAAGCCAUAGCUGACCUUAAUCUAUGGUUAGUUUAUUAAAAUAAUAAAAAUACUUUGUAAGAAAAUAUUUUUGAUAUUAGGACUGGUAUUGAAGUGUGGGAAGGGGCCUUUUUAUAAAGGUAGCUAGAGAAAUAUAUUUUAUGAACCGUAGCCACAGGCCCAGAUUAGCCCAGUGAGCGGAUCUGCCUUUGGAUUUCUCCCUUUUCCUGAGCCAACCCUGUUCUCCAGAGGGGUGGAGUGGCCCCAGUGGUGAGAGCUCCCUUGCAGUUUGCACAUAGCACAAGUCUGGACAGCUUAUGCUCUGACCAGAGCCAUUUCUAAGAGCUUUAAACCAGAAGACUAUCUUUCACCAAUUUUCCUUUUUCCUUCUAUUUUUUUUUCUGGGGGAAAAAUCAUCUAUGCAAUUAUGUACACUUGUGGCUGCAUAUGAAGAAGGGGUGUGUCCAGAGUGUUGACUGUGUUCUGGGCUUUGAUUUCUUUGCUGAGUGAGGUAUGUCAUCACCCACUAAUGGAAUGUAAUUCUCACAUUUGAUCUAAGUCACAAAUGGCUCUGUGUGUGUGUGUGUGUGUGUGUGUAUGUGCGUGCGCGCGCGUGUUGUUUGCGUGUGCACGCACGCUUGAGGAACUCGUCUACAUGUUUCUUCUGCCUAGUUAGGAAAAUGGUCACACACCUCGCCUUGAUAACGAAGCUAGUCAAAAAUUUCUCAGUGAAAUUAUUUAGUUUAGAAAGGCUUUUUUUCCCUCCAAAAAUUUGAAAGUCACUCACUUCUGUAUCUACCAAUCUGUUGAUUUAAUAAUUUCCCAUCAUUAUUUUUAGGCAAUUUUUUGUUUGUUUCUUUGAUAUUUAGUCCUGGCUGGCCAGCCUGGUACUUGCUAUAGCGCCCAGGCUAGCCUUCAACGCAUAGCCACCCUCCUGCCUCAAUCUUCUGAGGGAUCUAGGCAUGAGCCACCACGCCCAGGUUUCUUUAGGCUGGAACCUAGUAUGAGACAAGGAUUUCUGACUGGUGUAUAAUUUAAAGGUCUAUUCAGAAAUUGAGGGGUUUUUGUUUUUUGAUAGGGUCCUACUCUGUAGUCUAGGCUGGCCUCAAAUGUAUGACCCCCUUGCUUCAGCUUCUCAAGUGCUGGGGUCACACCGUCAAGUAUAGAAACAUAAUAUAAAAACCCAGAUUGACCAAAACAUCAAAAUCUUGGGAUAUAAAAGGAAUUGGUGUUAAGGUAAAGAAGUGAGCCCUGAACUGAACAACUAUGAGGACAAAUCCUAUUUAAAUUUUGAUAUGUUCAUAAAGUUUGUUCUUUUUAAACAUUUUUUUGAUUUUUAAAAAAAUAUUGCAUCAAGAUAGUAUUUAUCUUGAUUCCUGGGUUUUAAGCACUCCUUCAGUUUUUCUCCCAAGGUGAAUGAAUGCCUGUGCCUUGUUCUCAGCCUUUAGACUUGUCCCGGUUCCUGGAGUUUGAAUGACACUGGUGAAGCUUUCACCAGAUGAGCCUCUCCCUUCUGACACUACAGACACCAUGGUGUGCACUGCUCAGUCAUUCUCCCAUACCCUGCAUAGAUGCCUGCCUAAGUAGAUAGGAACAGAGAGCCUGGCAGGGGUUUUCCUAUCAAGUAAAACCAGGGCAGUUGCUCUCCCCUGGACUGCUGUGUUUGGACUUGAUCUGUUAUUAGAUUGUAUUUACCACUCUUGUUUUUAAAAACUGAGGACAAAUGAAGAGAAACAGAAACUUUGUAUCAUGUUUGUUUUUAUUUAUAUGGUACCCAGUCUUAAUUGUUUGCCUUUCCAAAGCAAAAAUAAAAGGAAGUUCCAGGGAAAGCGAAGGGUGUUCUAGUUCUAAGAUCGUGUGGAAAAUGCGUCUUAGGCCCUUUAACUUCUUGUUAAAUCCGUUUCAAUUGGGAGGAUGACUAUUAAGACACCAAAAGGCCUCUCCAUUGUCUGAGACACAUUCUUUUUUAAAAUAAGGAGUGGUGAACUUUAUUUUUCAUUCUUUUUUGAAGGAGGGGUUGAGUAGGAUGGAGUUAAUAAUGUCUGGAAAACAAAACAGAUAAGGAAGGACUGGCCUGUCUUUUGGGAAUGACGAGCCCAUGCAAUUGCUGUGGUGGGGAGAAGGGAGGGAGGGCCAAGUGGGGGCUUAAGUGAGUAGAACCUCCCUUGUUUAGGAGGUCACAUGAGUAACAGAAGACAGACCCUGUUAUCCUUUCUGACCCUGUAUCCUUAGGUGAGGCAUGGCCUCAUCUCUCAGGCUUCCAUUUAAGUGCAAUUAUUCCUGUCAAUCCAGGGCAUCUGGGCUUCUGCUAAGUGGGAUGCAGAGAGGAGAUCUUCAGGGUUCUUAUUUUUCUCCUUCCACUUAACAUGGUUGCACUCUCUCCACCCUACGUUCUGUGCUCCCAGCUUACAGCAAACACACUAGAGGGCCAGCUCCACAUCCUUCCUCAACUCAUGCUGGCUUAAUUGAGAAUUGCAAAAGAUUUCCUCAUUCUGUGUUUUAUAAAUAAUAUAAAUUGUAUCUUUUUAUUUAGUUUUUAAGAUGCAAUUUCUAAGAGUGACGGAUGGUGUUAAGCUCCCUGCUGUGCCUUAAAGUAGAAGUACCUUCCUCGCUAUAGGCUUCCAAAGGCCACAAACCAAUAAAGCAAAAAUUAGCAUGAUUUUAUAUUGUACACUUGGGAGGUGAUCCUGAGCCCAGAGAAUGGAGCUGGUUCUCUGAGAGCUGGCUCUUGCCUUUCUUCCUUCAGUCACAUGCCCAAGGUUCCAGGCACUUUGUUUUUCCUUCAAUAAAGGAGCAUUUGGGAAAUAAUUGUGAGUUACUCAGACACCUCUGGACUGUGCCCUCAUUUUCCAAGGAGGCAGUAUCAGCCAUAUAGCCAUAGGUGAAUUGGAAGCCAUUUUCUGGCUUAGAAACACAUGUACCCCAGAGUCUCAUAAUUUUCUUCUUUCCCUCCGUCUCCAGUUGCUGAUUCAUUGAGUCAUAGAGGCAUUCUGUCUCUUUUAAUAUUUUGCAGAUACCCAGUCACAGAUUGUGCUUGAGCUGAUUAAAACUACCUGCUUCCAUGUAGAAUUCCUGUGUCUGCUUCCCCCAUUGGCUGUCUGGGUCGGGGGCAGCAGAAAGUGAUGGAAGCUGUCUAAGGAGUGGGGUGGGAAGGACCUUGGCCUCUUUCUGUGUUUAUAACUGGAUCUGUGAUUCAUCCUCUGAGUCACUCAGCUCCACCUCCCUCCUCCAGCUGCCCCUCCCAACAGCCCUUGCUCCUGGCACAAACCUGUAACCAAAAUAGGGGUCUGAAAUGAAAAACUCUGAUAGAGCUCUUUGCCGGUCUAUGCCCUUUCCAUCCCAUGGACAUCUGGGUUUGUGCUGCAGUCUUCCGUUACCCAACCCACGGCUGCUACCCCUUCGCAUUUCUGGUUAGGUGAUGAUUCAAAUCACCCAAUUUAUUUCUCUGAUUUCUCCCAGUUCUGACAAUUCCUUCCUCAGUAUUCUGCUGCUCCUAUACCUUGAGGUAUUAAAAAAUAGAAUGAGGCUCUCCGAAGAAAGAAGGUGGGGAGAAGAAAAGUGGAUCAUGGGAUUUUAAACCAUGGGGGUUGGGGCACACCUCUCUAUACAUUGCUUCCUUCUUACAGCCCGUACUUUAUUCCACAAGACAUUGAGGUGUGAGGUGUGGGGUGUGUGUGUGUGUGGGGGGGGGUUGGUCAGCGGCCUUUUGGACUCCUACAGUCGGGCUUCUGGGGCUGUUACUAGCAAGUACAUACCUGUUUGUUCCAGACUGACUCUGCUCGGGCUAGCUUCACUAUUUCCACAGUUGCAGCCAACACUGGGAACUUGGGAAGCUGAGGCUGGAAGGAUGUGUGCUGUGGGGAGGGGAGUAUUGGAUGUCACGGCCCCCACCUUAGGAUUGCUGCCUCUGUACAGACUCAGAAACAAUAAAACAGCAGCUCAUUAACACCAA